UGUCAACGAAACUCCUCGGUGGCGAGCAGCGGCAGUCGGUCCAGCAUUAAACGCCCUCAAUUAUACAGCACGGAACAAGAGAACAGCAUCGAUCUACUAGGAAACAUGGAAAAUAGUCCCGGUGGUGGUGUGAUCUUGUACGCUGGCUCUUCUGGUAGUGCCAGUCCAAGCCCUGGCAGCCCUUCAAGUGGAUACCAGACCCAGUCGCCCUCCUCGCACUCACAGCCUUCAUCCCCGGAGGGUGUCUCCUUUCAGGAGAUUGGAGCCCUGAAGCAGCGGGGGGAGCGAGGGGGAAGAACCUCUUCUCCAAAAAUGGUCUUUCAGUUUCCUGAAGUCAACAAUGCUCCAGUCGCCCAAAUUUCGACGGUAUCAUCAGCAACCUACAACCAUCCCACGGUGGCCAAAAGGCCGUGCGGUUUCACCGGCACAUUCACCAAGACCGGAGGUAUGGUGCUUUUGUGUAAGGUGUGCGGAGACAUUGCAUCUGGGUUCCAUUACGGCGUACAUGCCUGCGAGGGCUGCAAGGGUUUCUUCAGACGCAGCAUUCAGCAGAACAUCCACUACAAGAUGUGCGUGAAGAACGAAAACUGUCUCAUCAUGCGCAUGAACCGAAACCGGUGUCAGCACUGCCGCUUUAAGAAGUGUCUCUCCGUGGGCAUGUCCAGAGAUGCUGUGCGUUUCGGGCGUAUUCCCAAGCGAGAGAAGCAGAGACUCCUGGACGAGAUGCAGAGCUACAUGAACAGUCUCAAUGAAUCAGCUUCCAUGGAAAUGGAGGUGUCGCCUCCUCCCGAUGCCCCCUGCAGUCCACAGAACCAAACGAAUGAAGGAACUGGCUCCAUAUUGCAGUCUUACCGCGGUGACGAGAAACCGCUCAAGAUGGCCGCCGGCAACAACAACCUCAGCGCUUCCUCCUUCCAGAGCGGCUCGGCGCAGGAAGCGGCCCUGUCGCACCCGACCGGCCACACGCAGCACACGGUUCAGGUGGAGCAGGCCAACCUGGCAACAAGCUACCACGUGCAGACGAACUACUCCGUCAGCAAUGAGAGCUCCACCAACACCAACGUCGACAACGCCAAGUACACCUUCUCCUCCAAUCAGAAUCAGUGUCCCGUCACUGGCAAAAUGUCAUCUCAGUCCUAUGCAGCCAACCAGAACAGUUUCCAAGCCCAAGAUUCCCAGAACCAAAAUUCCUGCCCUUGGAAGCUGAAUGGAGGAGCCAAAGUGCUGGCAUGUCCUCUCAACUCGUGUCCCGUGGCUCCGGCCAGUCGCUCCAGUCAGGAGGUGUGGGAGUCUUUUUCCCAGUGUUUCACCCCUGCUGUUAAAGAAGUGGUGGAGUUUGCAAAGAGCAUCCCAGGGUUCCAGACUCUCAGCCAGCAUGAUCAGGUCAUGCUGCUCAAAUCUGGCACCUUCCAGGUUCUUAUGGUGAGGUUCUGUUCAUUGUUUGACCCCAAGGAGAGAACGGUGACCUUCCUCAACGGACAGACGUACUCACUGGCAUCACUGAGAGCUCUCGGCAUGGGCUCCUUACUGGACGCCAUGUUCGAUUUCAGCGAGAAGCUUGGAUCUUUGGGUCUGGAGCCAGAUGAGAUGGCACUUUUCAUGGCUGUUGUGCUGGUUACUGCCGAUCGCGCCGGUAUAGUGGAGGUGGGAGCAGUGGAGCAGCUGCAGGAGAAUCUAAUAAAAGCCCUGCGUUCGCUCAUCACCAGUCGCCGCCCGGAUGACAGCACGCUCUUCCCAAAGUUGCUGCUACGUCUGCCGGACCUGCGCACCCUGAACAACCAGCACUCUGACAAGCUUUUAGCUUUCCGCAUAGACCCUUGAGUUCAGAUAGCUCUCAGUUCAAUGAGCUGUCUGUUAACCUCCUUGGUCCCCCGUGCGAGCCCGGCUUGCAACAUUCAGUACACUGGCCUCUGCAUGAUGGACAGUUGUUGUGGGAGCUGUGCCAAGUCUGAUGCUGUAAGAGAGAAGACUGGGAAAAAUAUCAGUGAAGAACGUGGGCACAGCAGGAGGCGGAAGCUCCUGAACUUUGACUGAUUUCUUCUCCAGUUGCUUCCAGAUUGACUGCUCGAAAAAAACUGACAAAAACAUAGACUGUGUUCUUCCAUGAGUUUUUCAAGUCAAACCACCAUCACGUUUCCCUCCCGGAGUUUGUCAGAAACAAAGUUUAUCUUCUGAAGACCAAAAAGAAGAGAGAACUCGUUGUUCCUCACCAGACUUUGUUCUCCUCUCCCAGCUCACAGAGCGAACAAGAAGGAAGCACACAACCCGGAGAAAGCAGAACACGGACAAGCAUUCACCAAUAAUGAUUUCUUACUGCACAUUCUUGCUACAGGUGUAAAGGCACUUUCCAUGCAUUGAAAAACCUCUUAAAUCAAUAGAUAACAUAGCAAUAGCAAUGUUCAACACACAGUUAGGAGAACAGUUUGUGUUUGCCCUGUUAUAUGACAUAAGCUAUUUUCACAACAUGUCACCAUGUGGAAGAUCUUUAUGAAAAUCACCCAUUUGUGAUUGAAAAAUGUAUAACAUUUUUAAGAAAUGAGACUAAGUUGCAUUGUAUUUGUAUAAGGUAAUCAGGGAGAAAUUAUUGGUCAUUUUAGACCAUGUCUGGUGGGAUAAUGUUGUGUUUAUUGUAAAUUUUGUACAUAACCAUGAUUCUUGGUUCGUACCCUUGUUAGUUUGCAGAUUCUUGAAUAUGUACAUGAAAUUAGUAUUGAAAUAUUGUAUGACGUCUCACAUAACAGAUUGCUCUACAGACUGCAAAGAGAAAGCAGCAUUUAAACCAUGUGCUCUGAGUAUAAACUUUUUAUUUGGAGAUAUAAAAUUGAAAUAAAUGUAUUGUCAACAGACAGCAUCAGCUUGUGAAUAUUUUGUAAAUGUUUUAUGGUUACACCACAGAGUACCAUUAUUAAAUAAGGUUAUAUAGCA